AGUAGAUAUAUACAAGGUUAUGUGCAUUAGUGAAAAAUCAGAUUUUUACACAAAACAGCUUCAAAAGAUAUAUAUUGACAAAUCUGUCAUAUGACGUAUGGCCACGGCAGCUACGUGUUAACGUGUGGCGCAUGUAAACCUCUUUAAAAUAUAACAACGCAAAUCAUCAAUAUGCCGUAUAUUAACCACGAUGAACAACGUUAGCAUAUCGAAUGUGCGAAAGCAAAACGACUUUACAAAGCUGUUAAUGGCGGGUUACGAUUUAGAACUUAUCAAUGGUAACAUGACGGAGUUCAAUGUAACAUUUCACGGACCAAUCGGCACUAUAUACGAAGAUGGAGUCUGGAAGGUAAAAGUCACCUUACCAGAAGAUUAUCCAUUCGCAUCACCGUCAAUAGGCUUUUUAAAUAAAAUGCUACACCCAAAUGUUGAUGAAACUAGUGGAUCGGUUUGUCUCAAUGUUAUAAAUGAAACAUGGACACCAAUAUACAGUCUUGUAAACGUGUUUGAUACCUUUCUCCCGCAACUCCUUACAUAUCCCAACCCUAGUGAUCCAUUGAAUAACGAGGCCGCAAGAUUACUAAUGCUAGAUAAACCUACUUAUGAAAAGAAAGUAAGAGAACAUGUCAAACAACACGCCAGUAAGGAAAGGUGGGAAAAACAGCGAGUUAACGUGUUCAAGGAUGAUGAAGAAGUUGAUGCCAUUAUAUCAGAUGUUGAUGAUAUAACAAGUGAUCUGGAUGAAGAGGAUUAUGAAAACUUCUGACACACAUAUAUUGUGACAUACCCAAAGGUGUGUACAAUCGUAUCAAGUUGUUGCGAUGCUAAACUACAUUGUAUUGAUGAUUAAUCGCAUUAAAAGGAUGAACGAAGUGCCUCGUUUAAACGAGUGCUGUAUAACGCAAAGACGAGUUACACGUUCUAGUGUAUGUUGCGCAAAUCGAGAAAACGUCUAAUAGCAACAU